GCGUCCGGCGACAUCCCCUCAAGCCCGCGUCCGCUCCAGCGUCUAGCCCCGUCCCCUGCUUUUCCCUGACAUCGCAUCUAAUCGUUUGAUCUGAUAAACCUCCAUCUGGCAAUGCCUGGUUUCUUGGAUCUGCCUUUGGAGCUCAGGAAUCAUGUGUAUGAAUUGUUACUGGGGCAGGAGUUGGAGCCUUCGUUCCGCGGGGUAAUGGUGGUCUCGGAACAGUAUGUGAAGAACGACUUACCAUUGCGAUGUUUUCGAAGUCUCCUGCGAGUCUGUCGACAAAUAAAUUGCGAAUUCGAGCACGCGAUACAGCAUUUAGUGGCGUCUAAACAGCUCGACUACACAUUGGACAUUACCUUCUCUCACGGCCGGCCGUACUUCUCUCUGACUUGGAUACGCUUUCCUUCCUUGUCACCAACUAUAAACCACCUUUCCAUCAACGUCGAUCUGCGUACGCGGGAGCCCCUCAGAGACGGUCUAACUGAGUCGUCCAUGCCUAGGGAAGGAGAACUAACCCAUCUCCUCGAGGACUCUGGCAAGAAUUUUGCCGUCCAACUCUUCGACUAUAUUGCUAUACUGCUCAAGACAUUAGCGACACUUCUCUCCCACGGCAAUUCCAACUUCAGAGUUCUAUACACAGAAGUCGUUACCCUGAAUUUUCGGACCCCCACCAAAUUGAUUCUACCCAUACGUAGUGGCCUUCACAACGACACCCAGUACACCCGUCGUGUUCACGUCGACAAAGCAUCAGCUCAAUCGCUACACGAAACAAUGCAGGAUACGCUCAAAGCUACCUCUCAAAGAUUUAAGGCAUUCAAUGCCAGCGAAUGUGACCGACUAUUCCCAUUGAUCCAAAUCGGAUCGCUGCGUUUUGCGACCGAAGGGGAAGUGUGGGGUGAAGGGCAUAACCUAGUUCUAGCACAUGAUGACUUUCAGUGGCUCCGAUAUUGA